ACCUGACAUCAAACACACCUGAAAAACACCUUUCAAGACCUAAAAUAUGUCCAGACACCUGACAACACUGACAAACCACCGAAACAUGUGUAAACACCUGAAAACAUCUGGUAACACCUAGAUCUCGAUUCACAAGCCAUAGUCUUUGUCAGAGCCCGUGCUCCACGACAUCAACACCUAAAAAAACACCUGACAACACCUUCUAAUAUCUGCCAAUAUCUGCCAACACCUGCCAACACCUGUCAACACCUUCCAAUACAUGUCAACACCUUCCAACACCUGCCAACACCUGACAACACCUGCCAACACUUGAAAACACUGAAUGACACCUGUCAACACCUUCCAAUACCUGCCAACACCUGCCAACACCUUCCAAUACAUGUCAACACCUUCCAACACCUGUCAACACCUGUCAACACCUUCCAAUACAUGUCAAUACCUUCCAAUACCUGCCAAAACCUUCCAACACCUGUCAACACCUGUCAACACCUUCCAAUACCGGCCAACACCUUCCAAUACCUUCCAUGUCAACACCUUCCAAUACCUGCCAACACUGAAUGACACCUGUCAACACCUUCUAAUACCUGCCAACACCUGCCAACACCUGCCAACACCUGUCAACACCUGUCAACACAUGUCAACACCUUCCAAUACCUGCCAACACCUGCCAACACCUUCCAAUACAUGUCAACACCUUCCAACACCUGUCAACACCUGUCAACACCUGUCAGCACCUUCCAAUACAUGUCAAUACCUUCCAAUACCUGCCAAAACCUUCCAACACCUGUCAACACCUGUCAACACCUUCCAAUACCUGCCAACACCUUCCAAUACCUUCCAAUACCUUCCAUGUCAAUACCUUCCAAUACCUUCCAUGUCAACACCUUCUAAUACCUGCCAACACCUGCCAACACCUGCCAACACCUGUCAACACAUGUCAACACCUUCCAAUACCUGCCAACACCUGCCAACACCUUCCAAUACAUGUCAACACCUUCCAACACCUGUCAACACCUGUCAACACCUGUCAGCACCUUCCAAUACAUGUCAAUACCUUCCAAUACCUGCCAAAACCUUCCAACACCUGUCAACACCUGUCAACACCUUCCAAUACCUGCCAACACCUUCCAAUACCUUCCAAUACCUUCCAUGUCAAUACCUUCCAAUACCUUCCAUGUCAACACCUUCUAAUACCUGCCAACACCUGCCAACACCUGUCAACACAUGUCAACACCUUCCAAUACCUGCCAACACCUGAAAACACUGAAUGACACCUGUCAACACCUUCCUAUACCUGCCAACACCUGCCAACACCUGUCAACACCUUCCAAUACAUGUCAACACCUGUCAACACCUUCCAAUACAUGUCAGCACCUUCCAAUACCUGCCAAAACCUUCCAACACCUUCCAAUACCUGCCAACACCUGUCAACACCUUCCAAUACCUGCCAACACCUUCCAAUACCUGCCAACACCUUCCAAUACCUGCCAACACCUUCCAAUACAUGUCAACACCUUCCAACACCUUGCAAUACCUGCCAACACCUGUCAACACCUGUCAACACCUUCCAACACCUUCAAUACAUGUCAACACCUUCCAAUACCUGCCAACACCUUACAAUACCUGCCAACACCUGUCAACACCUGUCAACACCUUCCAAUACCUGCCAAUACCUUCCAAUACAUGUCAACACCUUCCAAUACAUGUCAACACCUUCCAAUACCUGCCAACACCUGUCAACACCUGACAACACCUGACAACACCUGAAAACACUGAAUGACACAUGUCAACACCUUCCAAUACCUGCCAACACCUGCCAACACCUUCAAAUACCUGCCAACACCUGUCAACACCUGAAAACACUGAAUGACACAUGUCAACAGCUUCCAAUACCUGCCAACACAUGUCAACACCUGUCAACACCUUCCAAUACCUGCCAACACCUGUCAACACCUGUCAACACCUGUCAACACCUUCCAAUAAAUGUCAACACCUUCCAACACCUGCCAACACCUGUCAACACCUUCUAAUACCUGCCAACACCUUCCAAUACCUGCCAACACCUGUCAACACCUGUCAACACCUGUCAACACCUGUCAAUACCUUCCAAUACAUGUCAACACCUGCCAACACCUUCCAAUACCUUCCAUGUCAACACCUUCCAAUACCUGCCAACACCUGUCAACACCUGACAACACUGAAUGACACCUGUCAACACCUUCUAAUACCUGCCAACACCUGUCAACACCUGUCAACACCUUCCCAAUACAUGUCAACACCUUCCAACAGUUUCCAAUACCUGCCAACACCUGUCAACACCUGUCAACACCCUCCAAUACAUGUCAACACCUUCCAACACCUGUCAACACCUGUCAACACCUGCCAACACCUUCCAACACCUUCCAAUACAUGUCAACACCUUCCAACACCUUGCAAUACCUGCCAACACCUGUCAACACCUGUCAACACCUUCCAACACCUUCAAUACAUGUCAACACCUUCCAAUACCUGCCAACACCUUACAAUACCUGCCAACACCUGUCAACACCUGUCAACACCUUCCAAUACCUGCCAAUACCUUCCAAUACAUGUCAACACCUUCCAAUACAUGUCAACACCUUCCAAUACCUGCCAACACCUGUCAACACCUGACAACACCUGACAACACCUGAAAACACUGAAUGACACAUGUCAACACCUUCCAAUACCUGCCAAUACCUUCCAAUACAUGUCAACACCUUCCAAUACAUGUCAACACCUUCCAAUACCUGCCAACACCUGUCAACACCUGACAACACUGAAUGACACCUGUCAACACCUUCUAAUACCUGCCAACACCUGUCAACACCUGUCAACACCCUCCAAUACAUGUCAACACCUUCCAACACCUGUCAACACCUGUCAACACCUGCCAACACCUUCCAAUACCUUCCAAUACCUGCCAACACCUGCCAACACCUUCCAAUACCUUCCAACACCUGCCAACACCUGAAAACACUUGAAAAAAUCCUGUCAACACCCGACAACACACAACCUGUAAAGAUAAACACUCAGUAUUUGAACUACACAGAGCUCCAUCAGAGGAGAGCAGCGGGUCAUUAAUAUCAAACCUUAACUUUGAACAUUUAAUGAUUAAUAAAAACUAAGAGUUGAUUUUUUUCUUUUU